GGCCGAAACAACUCGACACCUCGAUCGCUCGAUCUUCCUCGUCGCGUACGCGCCAGACAGGGAGAUCGCGAUCUGUCGUGCCGAUCGGGGAUCCGCUUCUCGAUAGGAUCACGUGCGCACGCUACGGAGGAUAUCCUCCGAGAUAAUUCCACGCGGGGCACGCGGAACGCCGGCGAGGAGUGCGCGGAGGGAUAAGAAGGGGGAAUCGUGGAUCUUCAGGAUCGACCUGUACGAACCUGUGCAACGUGCUGGACCGUGGCCGAGGGUCGAGGGAUUUUGCAAUGCUCGCGAAUGGCAGAUGAAUGGGAGUGGCUAACAUUCCGGAGCAUAAAGAUCAACGAGCUUGCCAUGAAUUAAGAGCGACUCGGAAAAUGGACGUCGCCAAGGGCACAACGGAGGAGUUCGUGACGGUGGUCAGCGUCGGCAGUCAACCGGCGCCGGAGAAUUUCGUGACCGUUCUGUCGAUCGGCAAUGGCAGGAAGGAAGACGAGGACUCGUCGAGCAAGAGCCUGGCGAACGGCGUGGACGGACACCUCGAGGAGGAAGUCGAGGUGUUCAGGUUGCCCGGUGAACGUCUAGGCUUCGGUCUCAAGUUCGAGGGCGGCAACAAAACGUCCGAGAGGGUCAGGAGAUUGUUCGUGCAGAGCUGCGCCGAGCAGAGUCCCGCCAGCAGGGCGAAGUGCUCGUGGGGCACCUUGGGCGAGGGAGACGAGGUGCUCUCGAUCGACGGUAUACCGGUGACACACAUGACCCGGUUGGACUGCGUGAGGAGACUGAAGGAGUCGCAGCUGGUCAUCAGACUGAUAGUGAGAUGCCGCGGCGCCCUCAGGCCGGAAGUGGUGAGCGCCGAGAGGAAAAUGUCGACGGAGAAGAGCAAGGUGCCGCCGGAAUUACCGGCGGCGCCUCCGCCUGUGCCGCCGAGGAAACUGAGACAGCCGCGAGGAUCAGCGGACGGCGAGGCGAAUCCCAGCCCCGUGAAGAAAUCGUGGGACAGCUCGAGGUCGCAAAACUCGUCGGUGAACGGAUCGCAGAAUAGUUCGCCGGCUUCGCAAGCCGGGCUGCAUUGCGUGGUGAAGACCAGCUCGUACGAGAGCUGCGAGUCUUCGCCGAGGAGCGGCAACGGCUCGAAUCAGGAGAGCCCGAAGGACCGCUCGCCGGAGCUCUCGAAAUCGAAGCAGGAACCGCCGGAAGCGAUGGUUUAUCUGGACGCGAGAUCGCAGUGCGGCUCGACGCACGGCAGCACGUCGGACGACACCGGCAGCUCCAUGUCCACCGUGGUCGACAGAUUCUCGACGUCCGAUCGCGUCUCGACCAUCUCCACGGCGUCCUCGGCGUCCACCGCGUCCGAACAGCCGGGCGAAUUCUCAGGUAUCGAUCGAGACUUGGAACGAUCGUCCGAUCGAGAUGUAUUGCUGUCGCGAGCGAUUUGUCCGCUCGAGCAUCUCGAGCGGGACUUCUCCGCGAACCCGCCCGACUACCUGCUCCGUCGUCUCGCCAGUUCGGAGGCGGUGACGCACGUGGAGUCGCGGGGCGAAGUCGAGAGGGUCACGGCGGUGGUCGCGCCGAACACGGUGCUGAUCGAGGAAACGAUCACCCUUCAGCCGCCCCUCAGCUUCCAGGACGCCCCGCUGAGUUACGGACACGAGCCUCGGCCGGAUCUCUUCUACACGGCCGACCUCGCCGCCGACUCGACCACGCACUUCAGGCCGAUCAAGGACGACGUGGAACUCGUGGAGCGCGUCAACGAGGAGGAAUUCCACGAGGCGACCGGCACGGAGACGUGCGAGAAGAGCAAUGGCGACAGACUGUCGUCGUCCUCGUCCUCCUCGUCGUCGCCGCCGCCGUUGCCGGCCAGAAAUCACGUUAACAGGAUCUGCGUGAACCAGCCGACGAGCGAACUCGCGAGCGAGACGCGUACGUCGCGAGUCUCCGCGACGGUCUCGCCCGAGAGGGAACCUCCGGACGCGCCUCUGUUACCGCCGAAGCCGUUGCCGAGGAAGGAUGUUAAGGCCAGACGGAAGAGGCCACCCCCGCCACCGCCACCGCCGACCAUAGCACCGCGAAGAGAGGCCAAGCCCUCGGCCGAGUCGAAUCAGGCGACGGAGGGAGAAAACGGGGAUCUUUCGCAGGCCGAAAACGCCGAGUACGUUCAACCGGGGUCGUGUAACUCGUCUUCGCCGAGCAGAAAUAACGUUCAUGACGAGAAAUAUCAAGGGAACGUGGAAAGUACAUGCGAGAACUUCGAAGCCGCGGUGAAGAGCGUCGAUAGCGAGACAGGUGUCGCAGCCUCGGGAGAAGACACGCAAACGAACAAGGUUUUCGAAAUUAUCGAGAUCAGAAUAGCCAAAGGUCUGCAGUCCAGCCAGAAGGAGGAAGUCGCGAAGGACGAAUCGGGCAGCGCGUCCGAAGCGGUGAACACUUGCGAACGAACGACCGCCGCGGAGCAAAGCGAAGUUAAAGACGAGAAUUCCGACGGAGCGUCAAAAUUCGAAUGUAGAAGCGGGUGA